AUGCGUGCUAUGCGGGGCGCACGAGCGCCGUCACCGGUAAGGACACGUCAUUCCGAGAUGGAGCCGGAUGCAAGCGAGGGCGUCGAAGAGCAUCACGAAGAGGAUGAGCGGCGAGGAGCAGCCGUACCGGACGCGGACGACGAUGGGAGCGAUGUUAGCAGCGUGGACGAAGGGUUUGAUACGUUGACGGAGAUGUACAUAUUCUUCCGGGACGCGGACCUAUCAAGAAGAGAGUGUUUCCUGGAGAGGUGGAAUUUCGCGGACACGGAGUGGGGGAAUGUCUUCCUGGCGUGCGUCGCGGACAUAUUGCACGUGCUGGACGGCGGGAUGUUGGGGCACCUCACGGACAUAUUCAUCAAGGGGAAAAGCAAGCCGGAGAGGCGGGAGUUUGAAAGGACACGGGCGAACUAUGCGGCGUUCGAGAACCGAGGGAUGAUGCAAGUGAUGCCCAUUCUCAUCGCGGACAGCAUGGACGGCUGCAAGCCGGAGGACGUGGAGCAGCGGACGAAGGAGGUACGGGCGUUCAGGAAGUACGCAAUGUUCUACAAGGCACUGAUGGGCGUCGCAAAGCACACGGAGCAGACGCUGCGUGAUGUCCGCACGGCUGCCUACGCGAUGAUGGACGCUAUCGGGGAUGCUUUUCCGGAUCAGAAGUCGUCGUGGAACUUUCCGAAGGUGCACCAGAUUGUGCACCUUAUUGAUGCCAUUCCCCUCCGGGGGAUGCCGUGGGAGUACUCCACCAACCUCUGGGAGCACACGCACAAGGGAACGGUGAAGGUCCCGGUCCGGGGCAGCAACUGGAAGGACAUUCCACGGCGCAUCGUGGAAGAAGAAGUGCAGCGAGAGAUCACUCGGGAGGUGGCGGCUCUGGCGGGGGGGGGGCGACAGUACGUGACGGCGUUGCGGGAGGCCGUUCGGCUUCAAGGGCACGUGCUGACGCGGCGGUCGCGAUGUGCCAAUGUGCGGAACAAAGAGGACCCUGUGCUGUGGGUGUAUCGUGAGGCUCUUGGUUCGGACAUGGAUGGGCUUGGAAGAUGUCUCAUUGAUGCCGGGGUGAACGCCCCGGACAUCAAGGUGCACACGGCGCUGGCGAUUCCGAGAACACGUGGAGGGGAGCUGGUGGCCAAGGGCACAUUUGUGAAGGCCAGCCCAUCUGAGAACUGGUUCUCAGGUGUGGCAGUGAAGGCUGAGAAGAAGAAGGAGAAGGAGAAGGAGUGGUACGCAAGGUGCUUGUGCAUGUUCCGUGCGCAGAACGCAGAAGGAGAGGAAGGGGCGUACGUGUACGUCAACUAUUAUGAGGCGGCGGGCCUAUGCCCAGUCACUACAUGUGUGCAGCUGACGCCUGGGAGGGUGGACACCCGGUACGCUGUGGUGGACGUGGAGUGCAUCAAGCGGGUGGUGCACGUGUGCAAGUCUUACGUCAACAAGAAGGUGCUGCUGCUGAACAAUUCCGGAAGUGCUACUAGAUUUGAUAACAGCAGCAGCACCGUAGUGGCGACGGCGAGGCCAAGCAACUGGACAGGCCAAGGUAUUAACGCCACGUGCGGUUAUUUCGGCAACUACAGCACCAACCCCUACUUCGACAUGGGACUCACCGUGAAGCUUCCUGGUUCUGACUUCGGCAAUAUCUGCGGCGCGUGCUAUGCCAUUUCGUGCAUCGACGACACAAAGCGAUGCCGCAAUGACAAGGCGAUCGUGACCGUCCGUGUGGUGGGCGAGUCAGAGACGGGAAACCAGCUUGCGAUCUCCAAAGCGGCCUGGUCCAAGAUCGUGGAGGAUUCAGAAGAUAAGGCGCCUGUUAACAUCACGUACAAGCGCACCAACUGCGUGUCGACCGUCGGAACGCAGGUGGAGCUAAGCGCGGACGGCAACACGUGGGUGAAUCUGACGCGGGACGGCAGCAACGCCGGCGUGUGGGGAAUCAAGGGCAGCAAGGCGAAGGCGGUCGUGGGUGUGAAGAAGCCGAUAAGCGUUCGCCUCACUGCGGGAGACACGCUCGAGACGGUCAUUCUGGAAAAUGUCAUACCUGCUCUCUGGAAGGCCUCGACGGAUUAUACGUCGAAGGUUAACUUCAAGAAUCUGAUGGUUGAGAGCAAUUUCUCCGCUGCCGGAAGUCCCGCCAACGCGACAAUCUCUGCUAAUGGGACUGCGCCCGCGGCUCCUCGUGCCAGUUCCGGAAACGCUACUAAAAGUGAUAGCAGCGCCGUUGCGCUGCGGGUGGCAAGGCCGAGCAACUACACAGGCCAAGGGUCGUGCGGCUAUUACGGCAACUACACCGGCAGCCCGUACUUCGGCAUGGGACUCACCGCGAAGCUUCCUGCCUCCGACUUCGGCAAUCCCUGCGGUGCGUGCUAUACAAUCUCGUGCAUCAACGACACGAAGCGAUGCCGCAACGGCAAGGCGAUCGUGACCGUCCGUGUGGUGGGCGAGUCCGGAUUGGAUAACCAACUCGCACUCCCCUUGGCUGUCUGGUCCAAGCUCGUGGAGGUUACAUGGGAUAGGACCCCUAUUAGCAUCACGCUCAAGCGCACCAACUGCGUGUCGACCGUCGGAACGCAGGUUUGCGUGCGCAGCGUAUCAUCAGCGGAGAAGUUCAACAUUCAGAUCGUGGGGCUUGCCGCUUCGGGCACGCUUAACCAGGUGGAGCUAAGCGCGGACGGCAACACGUGGGUGAAUCUGACGCGGGACGGCAGCAACGCCGGCGUGUGGGGAAUCAAGGGCAGCGAGGCGAAGGCAGUCGUGGGUGUGAAGAAGCCGAUAAGCGUUCGCCUCACUGCGGGAGACACGCUCGAGACGGUCGUUCUGGAAAAUGUCAUACCUGCUCUCUGGAAAGCCUCGACGGAUUAUACGUCGAAGGUUAACUUCAAGAAUCCGAUGGUUGAGAGCAAGUAG